GGGUGGUCUCAGGGAGCUCGACGGCGAGAAGGAAGGGACGAGAGAGGAGGGAAGCGGGGAUUGUCCUGAAGGAAUGAAUGAACGGCGAAAGGGAGGAACGGACGAAUAAAGGAAGGAGUGAACUGCGGACGAGAGGAAGGGAGAGUGUUGACGGCGGAGGAGAAGCGUGUGGGAUUUUCUCGUGAGCUUGGCGUGCAGAAGGAGGGAAGGAAUUAACGAAGAAGGGGAUCGACCGAAGGGAAGGAAAGAAGGGCAGAGAGGCCAGCAUUGACGGUGGAAGGAGGGAGCCGGCCCAGAGAGACCGGGGCGAAGAUGUCGCCCUCCUUUGAGCCGAGACGCUGUGCCCCGUUGCCACUGCUGUUGGUGCUGGCGUGCCUCGCGGGCCCGGGCUGGGCGCUGGAGUUCGGGGGCUCGGCCGGCCAGUGGGCACGCUACGGCCGGUGGGAAGAGGCGGGCUCCAGCGGGCAGCUGAGUUUCAGCCUGCGCACCAACGUCAGCCGGGCCCUGCUGCUGUACGUGGACGACGGGGGCUACUGCGACUUCCUGGAGCUGAUGGUGGCCGGCGGGCACCUGCGGCUCCGCUUCACCAUCUUCUGCGCCGAGCCGGCCGAGCUGGUGAGCCAGGCCCGGGUGGACGACGACCGCUGGCACAUGGUGGUGCUGACGCGGAACAACCGGGAGACCCGGCUGAUGGUGGACGGGCACUCGCAGGCCGCGGCCGUCCGCUCCAAGCGCCAGGACAUGACGGUAGCCAGCGACCUCUUCGUGGGGGGCAUCCCGCCCGACGUCCGGCUCUCCGCCCUCACCUCCAGCACCGCCAAGUACGAGCCCCCCUACCACGGGCUGCUGGCCAACCUGAAGCUGGGCGAGGCGCCCCCACUCCUCAUCAGCAGCCAGGGCAUCCGGGGCGAGGACGAGCUGGUCUGCGCCCGGCACAACCCCUGUCUCAACGGCGGCUCUUGCUCGGCGCGGGGCGGGCAGGCCGUCUGCGACUGUACCGGAACAGGCUACCGGGGGAAGGUGUGCGGAGAAGAAGAUCACGGAACAGAAGGUCCCGCUCACCUGAUGUUAACCAGCCAAGGCUCAGAUGAAGCUCUCCCCUCCGCCAAAGAGGAAUCUGUGGCCACCUUCAAGGGGAUAGAGUUCUUCUGCUACGACCUGUCCCACAACCCGAUCCAGAGCAGCAGCGAUGAGAUCACGCUCUCCUUCAAGACGCUGCAGCGCAACGGGCUGAUCCUGCACACGGGGAAGUCGGCCGACUACGUCAACCUGGCGCUGAAGAAUGGCGCCGUCUCGCUGGUCAUCAACCUGGGCUCGGGGGCCUUCGAGGCGCUGGUGGAGCCCGUCAAUGGCAAGUUCAACGAUAAUAACUGGCACGAUGUCCGGGUCACACGCAAUCUCCGUCAGCAUUCAGGCAUUGGACACGCAAUGGUAAACAAACUACAUUAUCUGGUUACAAUUUCAGUGGAUGGUAUCCUGACCACCACGGGGUACACGCAGGAAGACUACACCAUGCUGGGCUCUGAUGACUUCUUCUACAUCGGGGGCAGUCCCAGCACGGCCGAUCUCCCCGGAUCUCCGGUCAGCAACAACUUCAUGGGGUGCCUGAAGGAUGUUGUCUACAAAAACAACGACUUCAAACUGGAGCUCUCGCGCCUUGCCAAGGAAGGCGAUUCCAAGAUGAAGGUGCACGGUGACCUAAUGUUCAAGUGCGAGAACGUGGCAGCCUUGGACCCAGUCACCUUCGAGGCCCCGGAGGCUUUCAUCUCCCUGCCCAAGUGGAACACCAAGAAGACGGGCUCCAUCUCCUUCGACUUCUGCACCACGGAACCCAACGGGCUGCUGCUGUUCAGUCAUGGCAAGCCGCAGGUGCUGAAGGAAGGCCGGAGCGAGCGGCCGCAGAAGGUGGACUUCUUCGCCAUGGAGCUGCUGGAUGGCUUUCUCUUCCUGCUGCUCGACAUGGGCUCGGGGGCCAUCAAACUCCGCGCCACCAACAAGAAGGUCAACGACGGAGAGUGGUGCCACGUGGAUUUCCAGCGGGACGGUCGCUCAGGUUCGAUCUCCGUCAACAGCCGUCACCUGCCCUUCAUGGCGAACGGGGAGAGCGAGAUUCUGGACCUGGACAGCGCCAUGUACCUGGGUGGGCUCCCCGAGAACCGGCUGGACGUGGCGUUGCCGCCGGAGCUGUGGACGGCCUUCCUCAACUACGGCUACGUGGGCUGCGUGCGGGACCUGUUCAUCGACGGCCAGAGUCGGGACGUGCGGCGGCUGGCCGAGAUGCAGGGCGCCGGCGGCGUGAGCGGCUUCUGCUCCCGGGAGACCCUCCGGCAGUGCGCCAGCGGACCCUGCCGCAAUGGUGGCAGCUGCCGGGAGGGUUGGAACCGAUACAUCUGCGACUGCACCGGCACAGGGUUCUUCGGCAGGAACUGCGAGACAGAGGGCACUGUUCUGAGCUACGACGGCAGCAUGUACCUAAAGAUCAUGAUGCCCCAGGUGAUGCACACAGAGGCGGAGGACAUCUCGCUGAGGUUCAUGUCCCAGCGGGCCUACGGCCUGCUCAUGGCCACAACGUCCAAGGAUUCUGCGGACACCCUGAGGCUGGAGCUGGACGGAGGGCGCGUAAAACUCACGGUUAACCUAGACUGUGUCAGGACUAACUGUAACCCUAGCAAAGGGCCGGAGAUGCUGCAUGCGGGCCAGAAGGUGAACGACAACGAGUGGCACAGUGUCCGCGUGGUGCGGCGCGGGAAGGGGCUGCAACUCUCCGUGGACAACAUCACCGUGGAAGGGCAGAUGGCCGGCGACCACACCAGGCUGGAGUUCCACAACAUCGAGACGGGCAUCAUGACGGAGAAGCGCUUCAUAUCCAUCGUCCCCUCCAACUUCAUCGGCCACUUGCAGAGCCUCAGCUUCAACGGCAUGCACUACAUCGACCUGUGCAAGAACGGCGACAUCAGCUACUGCGAGCUCAACGCCUUCUUCGGGAUGCGCGACAUCAUCGCUGACCCCGUGACCUUUAAAGCCAAGUCCAGUUACCUGGCGCUGGCCACGCUGCAGGCGUACACCUCAAUGCACCUCUUCUUCCAGUUCAAGACCACGGCGAUCGACGGCCUCAUCCUCUACAAUGGCGGAGACGGAAAUGACUUCAUCGUGGUCGAGCUGGUCAAAGGGUACCUACAUUACGUGUUCGACCUGGGCAACGGGCCGUCCCUGAUGAAGGGCAACUCUGACAAGCCCGUGAACGAUAACCUGUGGCACAACGUGAUGGUCUCCCGAGACUCCAACAACGUCCACACCCUGAAGAUCGACUCGCGGACCGUCACCCAGCAUUCCAAUGGAGCCCGCAACCUUGAUCUGAAAGGGGAGCUGUAUGUCGGUGGACUCAGCAAGGGCAUGUUCAACAACCUCCCCAAGCUGGUUGCCUCCCGAGAGGGCUUCCAGGGCUGCCUGGCCUCCAUCGACCUCAACGGACGCCUGCCGGAUCUGAUCGCCGAUGCCCUCCAUCGAGUGGGGCAGAUCGAGAGAGGAUGCGGAGGCCCCAGUACCACCUGCCAGGAGGACUCGUGCGCCAAUCAGGGGACCUGCAUCCAGCAGUGGGAGGGCUACACCUGCGACUGCACCAUGACGUCCUUUGGGGGUGCUCUCUGCAACUACCCUGGCACCACGUACAUCUUUGGUCGGGGUGGAGCCCUCAUCACGUACACGUGGCCUCCGAACGACCGGCCCAGCACACGGGCUGACCGCCUUGCAGUAGGAUUCAGCACGCAACAGAAGGAUGCCAUUCUGGUUCGAGUGGACAGUGCCUCUGGCCUGGGCGACUACCUACAGCUCCACAUAGAACAAGGGAAGAUCCAGGUGAUAUUUAACGUGGGGACAGAUGACAUUGUCAUCAAAGAGAAGAACGUGGUCGUGAACGAUGGCAAGUAUCACGUGGUACGAUUCACGAGGAGUGGGGGCAACGCCACCCUGCAGGUCGACAACUGGCCCGUCAAUGAACGCUACCCUGUAGGCAACUAUGAUAACGAGCGGCUGGCGAUUGCUAGACAGCGAAUUCCAUAUCGUCUUGGUCGGGUAGUAGACGAGUGGCUACUCGACAAAGGCCGACAGCUGACUAUCUUCAACAGCCAGGCCUCCAUCCGAAUUGGAGGGAAGGACUACGGCCGCCCUUUCCAAGGCCAGGUGGCGGGCCUCUACUACAACGGCUUGAAGGUGCUGACCUUGGCGGCCGAGAGCGACCCCAAUGUCAAGGUGGAGGGUAACCUACGGCUGGUGGGGGAGGUGCCCUCGGUCAUCACCACGGAGACCACGGCAACCACGCUGCUGGCGGACAUGUCCACCACCAUCAUGGAAACCACCACUACCAUGGCCACCACCACUACACGGAGAGGCAGGUCGCCCACCAUGAACGACAGGAUCACUCAGAACACAGAUGACAUUCUGGUGGCCUCUGCUGAGUGUCCAAGUGAUGAUGAAGACCUGCAGGAGUGCGAGCCCAGCACGGGAGGCGAGCUUAUUUUGCCCAUAAUCACGGAGGAUGCGCUGGAAAUGCCGGCGAUUGUCACCCGCUCUCCCUUCGUGCCCCCGCCCCCGACCUACCGGCCCUUGCUCACGGCCGUGGAGGCCACCAGAGAGUCGCUGACCCUGACCUCCAAGCUUGGCUCUCCCUGCCUCUUGGAGCAGGACGAUGACUGCGACGAGGUGAUGGUGGUGUCCGGCUACGGCUCCGGCGAGGUUUUUGACUCCAGCUUCCCUCCGACCGACGACGAGGACUUUUACGCCACCUUCCCCCUGGUCACCGACCGCACCCUCCUAGCCGGCGCCGACCCCUCUGGACCCAAAUCCAAGGGCUUCCGCCCCAGCAAAGGGCCGAAGGGCCCCGACGGCGCCAGCGCGUCCCCCGACGCCCCGCUCUCCACCUCCUCUUCCUCCCCCGACAUGAUCCGAAAGCUGCCCGCCGGUAAGCUGAACCCCAAACCCAACCCGGACCUGGCGCUCCCCCCUCUACCCACCGAGCACCUCAGCAAGAAGCAAGCCCGGCGGCCACCAGUAACCUCCGGCCACGGCUUUCACCAUCUGCCCACAGCCAACCCCAGCGGGCCGGGCGCGGCGGGACCCCCGGGCGCCGUGGAGGUGAUCCGCGAGUCCAGCAGCACCACCGGUAUGGUGGUGGGCAUCGUGGCGGCGGCCGCCCUCUGCAUCCUAAUCCUGCUCUACGCCAUGUACAAAUACCGCAACCGCGACGAGGGCUCGUACCAGGUGGACCAGAGCCGCAACUACAUCAGUAACUCCGCGCAGAGCAACGGCGCCCUGGUCAAGGAGAAGCCGCCGCCCGCCGCCAAGGCCGCGGGCAAGAGCAAGCGCAACAAAGACAAGGAGUAUUACGUGUGAAGCGGCGCCGGGGCGGGGUGACGGCUGGACUUUGGCCGUGGGGAGCCCCGUCCCCGGAGCUCAGGUUGGGGCAGGGUGUGGGGGGUGUUGGUUGCCCGCUCCCCGCCCCAGCCCCAGGUCUCUGUGGAGGGGGGAAGCCAGCUCACCCCCCGAUCACCUGCAGUCGCUGGGACGUCCCACCGAGGAGAGCAACCGGAGUCUGACCCCCAGAGAGGGCGGGGCCGCUGUGAACUACUGGCCAUGGCACUGCUCUGUCCCCAAUAACAUCCCCACCCCCUGCCCUCCUCUCUCCCUCGGUGGCCCGGGACCAGACCCUGUGGCUUCUCCCCACCUCCUCCCUACCCCGGUUCCUCUCCUCCCGGACACGGGCCCUUCUGGAUUCUCUUUCCCGUGUUACAAGUGUGUGCCGAUUCUGUGUGUGUUCAAUUCCUGGGAUUUCCGAGACGGACCUUGAUCUGGGCGGUGCGAGCGGGCAGCGGCUCUCCCGGAGAAAAGCCCACCCGAGAGCGGUUCACGGCCGGCGGCAACGCGGGGCGUCAGAACUUUGCGAAGGUCGCCCCUUCAGAGAACGCUCCUGCCUCGGGCGCUCGCCCCGUGGGACUCCAAAAAUACAACGCCGCGACAGACUGCCUGUGGGUGGGGGUGUGACCCUUCACAGCUCGAUGUCCGUCAGGAACUUCGUCAACUUGGAGACGCGCUCUCUCCUCGGAAUCAAAACGAAAAUGCUGGCUCUGGGCACCAAUGGCUUCUGAACUGUGAAGGAAUUCUAAUGUUUACCGAGUGAUGAACGUUUCAGCGUUACUUCCUUUCCACCAGUGUGCUCAGUCUGGGCGGGUGGAGGGAACACUGUGGAAGACCCAGUGUAUGUAACAUUGUCUGACUGUAUAGUAUUGUCACUUGAACCAUUUUCAGUUCUUUGUUGAGAUAACAGAAUCGUUCAGCCCCACUACAACCUCUCCCGUCCCCUCACCCACCUCUCCUCCCCACCAACUUUAUAUACAGUAUGUGUAUUGCAUCUCGCCGCGGUUGUUCGACCGGAACCUUCGCGCGGACCGAAACCAUUUCAGGAGGUAACGACGAGCCGCCGAGUACACUAACUUUGCAUCCACGAGGAGGCCCUCCUGCCCCAUUUUCAAAGCACCAACAAUCUGACAACCGAGUAGCCGAACAAAAAAAAAGACAAAUAAAGUUUGUGUGUCAUUCUCCUCCCACACCUUGUGCUUUGUACACUUUGAUCAUUGAUAUUAAGGCUCGUUUAAUGACGACUAGGUAUUUGUCUUUUGCCCAGAUGGGCCACAGAAUUGGAAGGAUAUCGUUUUCUAUCAUACUCUGCCCCUUGGUUAUGAAAUGAUUGGUUCAGCUGUUGAUAAUGUGUGAUAUCAUAUAUCUUCAUGUACUCAAUGUUAUUGUAAAGUGUUACUAGUGACUGCCUCCCAUAAGUGUAAAUCUACCAGAGGGAAAUACAAUUGAUUAUAUACUU